CAACCGUGAGCAUUGUUUGAGCGAAUAACUACUUUGUAAUGUUGGAGGACAAUGAACGAUUUAUUAUAUAUCCUGGGGAGGCUGAGUUGUUUAUACGGUCCAUGGAACUCGUAAAAUAUGAAGAUUUUGGUUUAGAAAGAUGGUUUAAUUAUCAUGGGUAUUUAAACAAGAUAAAUAUGCAGGCUUUUACUUCGGCUCGUAGUCAGUCAGACGAAUUUAUCAAAGAGUUUCUUGUUAAUCAUCAGAAGAUACCAAUUCUAGUCCAUGAUCUUAUUAUGGUCGAACUUUGGAAGCAAAAGGUGUUUAAGUUAUUAUUAAGUGAUAAAGAGGAACCAACAUCUGCAUUUCCUCUGUAUACUAUCAUUUAUCAUGAAUUAUUGGUGGCAAAUUUACUAGAAACUGUAACUUAUCAUAAUGAUGCAGUAGAAACGUUAGGAGAUUCAGUUACUGAUUUGGGAGAUUGGUGUUAUCGAUCAUUGUGUCAUUUGGUAAUUCAAUCUGCAUCGGAGAAGGAAAAAUCAAUAUAUUUCGAAUUAAAAAAUAAGGUUAGUGAGUCCAGUAAUUUGAAGGACUUAGAUCGUCAAUAUAAGGUUAUAGAGUAUGAAAAGGGCUUCAAAGCUAUUACGAUUGUUAGACAUUUGUUUGAAAAUUGUUUAAAUUCAAACAGUGGAUUACCUCUGAGCAUUGGACGUCGUUUACUUUACACACAUGAUAUCCCAAUUACACUUUGUCAAUUACUUGAACAAACACCAUGGAUAAUAAUUGGUUACGACAAAUCUAACAAACAACGUCGUCAACAUAUUUGGCAUGAAAACGGCUCAUGGAUACCAGAUGACAAAACAUCGUGCAUUAUUCAUAAACCAGAAGCACAGAUAUGGUUAUGUCUGUUUCAAAUCUUAUUAGCCAAUAGUUCUUCCCUAAAAUAUGACUGUUCAGUUGGCCACAGAAGAGCAGCUUUAUUGAAACUACGUCCUCUACUUACUGAAGUAAAACUAGAUGUUUUGCCUGUCUUGAUUGACCUGCGACGCUUUUUAGAGCAUUUAAGUUUUAAUGAAUCAUAUGGAGGCACAGGCGAUAAAAUUAAUAUGUGUCUUAUUGAACUGGUGCCAGAAAUUCGUGAAUCUUUGAUUAGCAAGUAUAGAAAUAAAUGGAGGAAACUCGUGGCAUUAUUCAAAGAACAAACUGAAUCUAACCAUGGAAAAAACGCUGCGAAAAAGGCAGCAAUGCAGUGGACUGACACGUUUUCUGAAGAAAAUCUCAGUCAAUUACUUUCUUCCUCAUUAGGCAAUUUAGCCGAUGACAAUCCACAGUAUCCAGCACCAAGAUGUCCAACAUGUGGGGAAAUUGCAUCUAAACGGUGUUCAAGAUGCCGUCAGGAGUGGUAUUGUGGCCGAGAAUGUCAAGUAAGGCACUGGCCAAAGCAUAAGAAAGCUUGCGAUUUAUUAACCGAAGCAAUAACUUCUGAUAAAAAUAUAAAUUAUUAAUUUUUGUGGCAAUGUUCUUACAAUUUUUAAUGUACAUAUUAAUAGUACCCGUAUAAACAAUAAUAUAAACUUUGUAAUGUGA